ACCAGAAUCCUAGCGCGGGCACCUCUGAGUCAUCAAUAUUAAUGUGGUACAUAGCCAACCCGCCACGCCGGAAGCGCGCCGCUCAUGAAUAAUCCAACAAGCAGUUGAGCGGGACAUUGCUGGUGAAGGAAGAGGGUCGCAGUACGGGAACAUGGCGACGGCGAUGUACCUAGAACACUACCUAGACAGUAUUGAAAACUUGCCAUGUGAGCUUCAGAGAAACUUCCAACUCAUGAGUGACCUUGAUCAGCGGACAGAAGAUAAGAAGAAAGAGAUUGAUGCUUUAGCAAGUGAAUAUAUUUCUAAGGUCCGGGACUACACCCCAGAGCAGAGAGUACAGCACCUUCAAAAAAUUCAGUCUGCAUAUAGCAAAUGUAAAGAGUUCAGUGAUGACAAAGUGCAGCUGGCCAUGCAGACCUAUGAAAUGGUCGAUAAACAUAUAAGAAGGCUGGAUGCUGAUUUGGCUCGCUUUGAGGCUGAUCUUAAAGAGAAACUGGAAGGGUCAGAGUUUGACAGUCCAUCAGGACGUGGAGUAAAGAAGAAUAGAGGUCAAAAAGAAAAACGAGGCUCAAGAGGACGCAGAGUGUCUGAAGAGGACACUGUAAAGAAAAAGAAAAUGAAAGGGGGGCCUGUGUAUGCUGAUUCAGUCUUGUCUGUGACCCCUUCGGAUGUCUUGGAUAUGCCAGUGGAUCCUAAUGAACCUACAUACUGCCUUUGUCAUCAGGUGUCCUAUGGAGAAAUGAUUGGCUGUGACAAUCCAGAUUGUCCAAUCGAAUGGUUCCAUUUUGCCUGUGUGGAUCUGACCACUAAACCUAAAGGGAAAUGGUUUUGUCCCCGUUGUACUCAGGAGAGGAAGAAAUGAUUUCAGUAAAGUUUAUUCGAGAAGCAGUCUUUAUUUUAUAGUCUUGUACCAUCUCUGUAAUUGGUCCUGCCACUGGAAGGGUUCAUAUUGAAGCACUGAGGCAUUGCUUCUCUCCUGUGCUGAGUGUAUACAAUCUUUUUCUGGGGAGGACUUUGUUGCACUUUAGGUACCACUGUCCGUUACAUCUGAAAAUCAUCAUUUCCUUGUGUAAUCCAAGGGGAUUUCAUACAUCAACCAAAGUGACAAACAAUGUAUUAAUGCUUUUUUUUUUUUUUUUUCUUUUUACAUUUGAGUGUCAGAUGAGCCAAAUAAGUCAUGCACCUUUUAUGGUUUUAUUGUAUUCUUUUCCAGGGGAAGUCUAAUUCAAUCCCCAAAUAACUAUUGAAUGUGAUACGUGAUGAACAUGGCAUAUUUUCUCUGGAUCGGAUGACCUUUAGCCAUACAAUGAAUGUAGAGCCCCAAUUGGUUAGAAUAUCACAUGCUGGCUUUACUCUGCAUAUAUUGUUACUGCCCUGCUGCUCAUUGCUCAGAAGUCUAUACAAUUCGUAGUAGUCAGUUUUUAGCCUUUGUUUCCAAAGCAUGGAUUCUUUGCCAUGGUAGGACAAUUUAUUGUAAAGGAAUCUUGGUUAUAUGCAGGUGUUAAAAUAUACAGUGCUGGUAAUCCAGCCUUUUGUGUGCAUCAAGAAAUGAUCCAUUCCACUUCUUAAUGCUUCUGCAGCAAGCUCUUCAUUUAUUGUAUGCUGCCAUCCCAAAAGCAUUUGAGGGAGAAGGUCUUCUCAACUAUUUUACUGAUAGAAGUGUCAAACGUUGUACUCCAUAGUGAGUUCGGCUAUAAGAUUACAUUUUCAGUCCGUUGCCCAUGUAUUUUCUUAUGUGAUUUAUCCAUUUAACUUUUCACAUUGUAUUUAUGCAUUUUAUAAAUCCGUAUACUAUGAAAUGGUUGACCUAAAUCUAGUACAAGUGUCAGGUUUGUUCUCUAGUUAGAAAGCCUGUAGCGACCAAUUAGACGUUUCUAAAUUCCAACAGAACUUGACAGAUUAAGGGCAGAGACACACGGUCAGAUUCGGGGAGAUUAGUCGCCCGGCUACAAAUCUCCCCUUCUUCGGGUCACUUAAUCUCCCUGAAUCUGACCGUGUGUCUCUGCCCUUAAUCUAUCAAAUUCUGUUGGAAUUCAGAAAUGUCUAAUUGGUCGCUACAGGCAUUCUAACUAGGGAACAAAACUGCCUUCCCGCCAGCUAGAAUGUAAAUGUGAAGCGCUUCAUUUUCCGUUGCGCGAAAUUGCCUCUUGAGGAAACUUCGGGCGACUUCGGAAAACGAAGCACUCCAAGUGCCAUCCCGCCGGCGAUUUACAUUCUAGCCGGCGGGAAGGCAGUUCGGGGAAAUUAGUCACCUCGAAGAAGAGGAGAUUUGUUGCCGGGUGAUUAAUCUCCCUGAAUCUGAGUGUGUGUCUCUGCCCUAAAGCUGAUGAGGUUGGUGAUCUUAUUUUUUAUAACAUGGGCCAAGCUAAACAACUCUGCAUGAAAAAAGCUAAUUGAGACUAUUUUAGGCUUGGAUCCAUUCAGAAAUAACUCAAAAGGUUAAGUAUGCUAUCAUAACAUUUGACUUGCUACAAGGAUGGGAUAUCCCUGUAGCUACUGGGAACUACAACUGUGCUGCAUAGGCACCCAACAUAUAUAUGUCACUCUUUAUAAACAUCAGCCUUUCUGUAUAGUGCACCCAUCCCCCAAUCAAAUCUCUAGUGCAAGCUCAAUAAUCUAGGGAGUGUGUAGUAUUUAUUGCUGCUGCAAACCAGAACUGGAUCACAUGCAAAAAAAAAAAAAAAGACACCUUGUGUGCCAAAUAUCAGAGGAUUUUAUUCUUACAGUUAUCUUUUUUGUUUUUCCUUGAAAUUGUAUAUCACCAGAUACAGUAUGAUUUAACACCUGUCCUAGUCCCAAUAGCCUAUUAUGUGUAGGAUGCCCUCCCAGCUUUAAAGCCCCAUUAUAUGAAAAUUUUUCUGUAAUAACGCCAAAGACUAUCUCCCCCCAGUGUAUGCGAGUCUGAGACGAAGAUCUGAAACUUAGAGGCACAUUUAUCAAGGAUCGAAUUUCAAAUUCCCCCAAAUUUCAAACGCCCAUGAAUUCGAAAUUUGACUAGUCGAAAUUUAUUAAUAAAAUCUAAUUUUUUAAACUCGAACAAAUUUAAACGACCCGAAAACUCGAUUCGAAUGUCUGGAAGGCUACAAACACAGUAAUUCGGCUGGUUAUAGGUGGCGAAUAUUCAAAUCCGAGUUCUUAAAGGGCCAGAGUAUGAUAAAUCUCGAAAUUCAAAUUAAAACUCGAAUAAAGUUUGGAUAAUUCAUAAUUCGAAUUUAAGAGUUUUGACCUAUAAAAUUGAAUUCCAAUUUUCACUUCGACCCUUAAUAAAUUUGCCCCUUAAUCUUGGCCUCUUGUUAUAUUAUUAUUUAAACAUUCAUUAAGUCUUGCGCUGGACUUGCCUCCCUUAAACUGUUUAGGUAACUAAAGGUGGCCAUAGACGUAGAGAUUGACUUGUUUGGCGAUGUUGCCUUACGAGCGGAUCUCUCCCCGAUAUAUGCACACAUUGAGGUGGGCGAUAUCGGGCUGAUCCGAUCGUGGGCCCUAGGGCCCAACGAUCGCAUCAAAAUGCAUCCGAUACAGGUGGUCGGAUUGUGGGACCUCAUAAAUGUACCCGCGAUCCGACAGGAUUUUUUUAACCAGCCCAGACUUCCGGGCAGAUAUCGAUCGGGGAAGUCCGUCGAAUGGCCCCACACACGGGCCAAUAAGCUGCCAACUCGGUCUGUCUGCAUUUAAAAAAAAUUCAACAUACUAAUGGAUUAGGUUUACAAUGAUGUACCACCUGCAUAGAGCUGCUGUACCAGCCCCUGAGUUAAUUUCUUUGACGGGAAAAGACACAUCCCUAUAAAUUGUCUCCUGUAUCUAAAGGAGCCUUUCUCUGGCAUUGCUGGUAACACGACUGACCAUGCAACAGAUAUGCUGAUCAACACUUGAGCAUGUCCAGUGAGCACAAUGAGCAUGUGCAGUCCAUAUUGUCAGAGAGAAGGUUGGACAAGGUUAGUAACCUAUAGAAUACAUUGUGGUUAAUGACCCGAUUUGUGAGUCUGCUGUACUUCUGGGCUGGAAUCAUGCGUAAAAGACACCAUUUGUAGUAAUAUUUUUGUGUGCCACUUCCCCAGUUUUUCCCUGUGUGUAAAUAUAUAUAUAUAUAAUAGAGGAAGAUAUAUCGAUAGAUGAAUAUCUCAGAUUGUAUGUAUAAAUGUUAGACAGAUUCAGCUAUGAGAGCAAUUGAUCUGUUCAAGUUCUAUAGAGAGAGAUUUUAAUUUCAGGUGACUUCUCCCAGAACAGAGAAGUGUCAUUCCUGUUGGAACUGUUUUAAAAGUGAUACGUCGUCUCUAUUAUUGUCUCCCAGAGGAUUUAUAAUAUAUAUAUAUAUACAUAUAGAUAUAUAUUGAGGUACUUGUGACUUGCUUUCUGUUUCCAGUCUAGGCAUGUUAAAAAAUUUUACGUAUAAAAAAAGCUUGUUCAGUUAGACAUUGUGUAAUUUCAUUUGUAUUGUGUGGAAAGAUAAAAUCUAAAUAUUUUA